UUGAGUUGCAGGAACGCGUUCUUUUCUACUUUCCGUUCGAUUUUAUUUCCUUAUUAUUAUUAUUAUUGCUAUUAUUGUUAUUACGAAUUAGUUGCACGUUUCGGUUCGGUUCUGUUCUGUUUAGUUCGGUUUCUCCUUAUUCCAACAGCCACGGCAACAAAUUAAAUUUUAACAAUAUAAUAAUAAUCCCUCUAACUAACUAAAAAUCUUCUCCUUACUUUCGGUUGUCGCUUUGUUAUGGUUUUGCUUUCUUUCAAUUCGGUUUCGCUUCGGUUCGGUUUGUGUCUCGGUUAUUAUUAAAAUAAAUAUACAUACUCGUAAAAGCAAACAUCCAUCCCACCAGAAAAUUGUUUCGUAAUCGCACUGAAAUCGAAAUCGUGCGAACCAGCAACAAGUUUUCCACGAUCUGAGAUCAGAUCCGUCCAACAUUCAACAUCCAACAGGAAGAAAAGUAAACUUUCGGGCACACAAGCAACCCAUACGUACCCAUACGCCUAUACGGGGUAUACGCGCUCCUAACUAGGCUAUAGAAUACGCCCGAGAUCAGUCCAUAGACAGAAAGACUUUUGUGUUCCACUUCGGUUGAUUCAAUCCGCGUGCGCCUCAGGAUAGGAUCCCCCUGCAGUAUUAUCUCAAUAUCAACUCAGCAGCAGCCACAUUAUGGUCGAGGGUCAGACAGCCGUGCAACAGCAGCCCCAACAGCAGCCACCAACUGGGGGAGCUGCCAACACUGCCAGCAGCAGCAGCAGCACCACCACCGCCACCACAGGAGCAGGCGGUGGCGCAGGCGGCGGAUCUACAGGAUCUACGGGAAAUGUGACGACCAAUAGCCAGGCACAGACAAACGGUGGAACUGCCUCAACGUCGCCAGCAGCUGCCGGUUCUGGUUCGGGUUCAGGAUCGGCGACAACUGGAUCGAAUGCCACUGGCCAGGCAUCCAAUGCCAACAAUUCAACAGCGAAUAAUAAUAAAAACAACAACAACACCACUGCAAACAACAACAACAACAACAAUAAUAAUAACAACAACAACGAACCAGAUCCAAAAACUAAUCUGAUUGUUAAUUACUUGCCACAGACAAUGUCGCAGGAUGAGAUACGUUCGCUGUUCGUUAGCUUCGGCGAGGUGGAGAGCUGCAAAUUGAUACGCGACAAGGUGACAGGCCAAAGCCUGGGCUAUGGCUUUGUGAACUACGUCAAGCAGGAGGAUGCCGAAAAGGCAAUCAACGCACUGAACGGUCUGCGGCUGCAGAACAAAACCAUCAAGGUAUCCAUUGCACGGCCCAGCUCGGAGAGCAUCAAGGGCGCGAAUCUCUAUGUAUCGGGUCUUCCAAAGAAUAUGACACAGUCGGACCUCGAAUCAUUGUUCAGUCCAUACGGCAAGAUCAUCACUUCGCGCAUACUUUGUGAUAACAUCACCGGUCUCUCCAAGGGCGUUGGCUUUAUUCGCUUCGAUCAGCGCUUUGAGGCUGAUCGAGCCAUCAAGGAGCUGAACGGCACCACACCCAAGAACUCCACCGAACCGAUAACCGUCAAGUUUGCCAACAAUCCCAGCAGUAACAAGAACAGCAUGCAGCCACUGGCCGCGUACAUAGCGCCACAGAACACAAGAGGCGGUCGGGCAUUCCCGGCGAAUGCCGCUGCGGGAGCUGCAGCGGCAGCAGCAGCCGCUGCUAUACAUCCCAACGCGGGCCGUUACAGCUCGGUUAUCUCUCGAUACUCGCCGCUGACCAGCGAUCUGAUCACCAAUGGAAUGAUUCAGGGCAACACCAUUGCCAGCUCUGGGUGGUGCAUUUUCGUCUACAAUCUGGCACCAGAGACCGAGGAGAAUGUGCUGUGGCAGCUGUUUGGACCCUUCGGUGCUGUGCAGUCGGUCAAGGUGAUUCGCGAUCUGCAGAGCAACAAGUGCAAGGGCUUUGGGUUUGUGACGAUGACCAACUACGAGGAGGCGGUGCUGGCCAUACAGUCGCUCAAUGGCUACACGCUGGGCAACCGGGUGCUCCAGGUCAGCUUCAAGACCAACAAGAACAAGCAAACGUAAUUACUAUCCAAGUUGGCUGCUGUUGUCAAUGCCAAUGCGGCGGCGGCGGCCUUGGCGGCCAAUGGUCUGGUGCUCCACAACCAUCGUCAGAACAAUCAGAACAACAUCAGUAGUGGCAUCAGCAAUUCGAACCAUCCACAUGGCAAAUAUGCUAAUCACAACAACGUUACUAGCGUUACUAGCAGCAACAGACAGCACAACACACACAACAGUAGCAGCAGCAACACGAGCAAGCAGCUGCAGCAGCCACAGCAGCAGAGGCUCCAAUCAACGACUCAAAGCAACAAGCAACAAUCAAUGCCGCCACCUAAGAGAUCAUCAGGAAACAACACUGCAGCAGUCGCAGCAGCAACAGCAGCUGCAGCCACAGCAACAAACAAUAGUACCAGCAACAGCAGCAGCAGCAACAGCAGCCACAGUCACGCAGUGUCCUCCAAUGGCGAUGCUGGAGCCAGUGCAAACAAUGGCGCUGCCGCCUCUUCCUCAUCGGCUUCGUCGUCGAGCAACAUAUUGAAAACAUCCACGAAAUUCAUUUACAACAAGCCACAAAAUCAAUUUGAGUUGCUGCAGCAACAGCUGCAGCUGCAGCAGGAGUUCGCUCAGUUUCUGACCAACGUGGCCAGCAGUGCAGUAGGAUCCGGAUCCAGCAGUGGAGCCAGCACAUCAGCAGGAGCUGCCGGCUCCCUGGGUGAAAGCCGGAGGAACGGAGGAGGCGGAGGAGGAGGAGCACUGGGCCUGGGCAUGGGCAUGGGCAUGGGCAUGGGACUGGGAAUGGCAGCCAAUGGAUCGUCAUCGGGUGCUGGUUCUGGCAACAAGAAUAUGCCCUCCUGGUCGAAUUGGUUCUUUUAAAGAAACUUUGUUAUAUUAUGUUAUCCUUU